AUGACUUUUGAUUCGGAAGCUGCCGAUGACAAUCCAGUGACUGUCCGUUUCCAUUGUAACGGAAACUGUUGUGAUCACCACGAAUGGUGUCGUUUUUGGGCUUCCGUUGGUGAAUGCAAGAGGGGAUGGGGGUUCCAAAAGCCAGUCCUCGGUAGUAUAGUGGUGAGUAUCCGCGUCUGUCACAUGGGAGACCCGGCUUCAAUUCCCGGCCGGGGAGAAGAACUCUCGUAG